AUGAGCUAUUUUACUUCAUAAAUUAUGAAAAACAAAUCUAAAUCAUGUCUCUUUGAUUAUUAUGGAAUUAGAAAUUUUUUUAUUUUUCUAUCAUAGAAUAAUUGGUAUUAUUCAAAUUUUGAGUACUUGUGUAGCUUUAAAAAAGGAGUUAUAAUUAAAGCUAUCAAUUUAAUUAGCUAAAACUAAUUUGGUAUCAUCCUUAUUCUUACUAAUGAGGAUCUACCAGCUUAAAUCACAUAAGAUAAAAUCAUAAGAACUUAUUAAAUCCCAUUGAAUGACGACAUUUUCUACACUGCUUUAGAAUUUAAAUUAGACAAAGACUUAGAUGAUUAAUUCAAAUUUUAUGAUUUGCUCUCUAUUAAUGAAGAUUUCUAAAAAAUCAGAUAUGCUUAGGUUCUAGCAAGGAAAAAAAAACUUAUAGAACCUGAAAUAGUUUAGCUCUCUACUAAAAUCAGCCAAUGCAUUUAACUUCUGCAACUAAAUGUUGAUCUUUUUGAUAAUCCAAUAACUCCUUCUUUUGCAUCUAUUUUGGUAUAAAGUAUCUCAUAAUGCUAAGAAAUCCAAGAAUUAGUAUUAGACUUAGGUUGGUGUAAUUUAGGAAAUACUGAAAUUAAAUGGAUUGAAAAUUUAGCUAACUGUAAAAAUAUGACUACUCUUCAUAUUAAUUUAGAAUCAAAUAAUAUUAACCAAGGAGAUAUUAAGAUUAUUGGAACAGCUUUAGAAAACCUGAAUAAAUUAGAUAACCUUUAUCUAGGACUAUAGUAUAACAAUAUAAAAGAAUAAGGGUUCAACAGUUUAGUUAGAUCCAUUUCUAAAUUAAAAAAUUUAUAAUCUUUGAAUUUGGAUUUAUACAAAAAUAAUAUUGAAAACGAUGAAAAAAUUGAGUUUGAAAUUCAAUAAUGUAAUCUUCUUACUAAUUUAACUUUGAAUUUAAGUUAAAACUGUAUUCAAUACGAAGGAGCUAAAAGCUUAGGAAGUGCAAUUUAAUCAUUUGAUAAACUAAAGAAGCUCAACAUUUUUUUAGUAAAUUGCUAGGUUAGAGAAGGAAUUAAUUAUAUAGCUUAAGGUGUAUCUAAUUGUAAGAAUUUACAAAGCUUAAACUUAGAUUUAAAGAUGAACAAUAUAGAAAGUUAAGAACAAGAAGUUAUAAACACAAUAGCAAACUAAAAAAAGUUAUUUUACUUAAAUUUAAAUUUGUGCCAAAAUUAGUUUUUAGAUUCUAAAUUUUUAGUUAGUUUUCUAAAUUAGUUGGGAACCUGCUCAAGUUUAAAAGAUGUCAAGUUUGAUUUUAACUCAUGUGCUAUAGAUUGCUUAGGAUUAAAAGCAUUAGGGAAGAGUAUUUCAUUAUGUGAAAAUCUUCAAUCCGUAGAUUUAAACAUAGAACAAAACUACAUCUUUGAGAAAGGUAUAUUAGAUUUCCUGUAAGAGAUAUCAUAAUGCUAGAAAUUGUUCAAGCUAGCACUAAUCUAAAAGUAUUCUGAAGUUCUGGAAAUGAGAAAACUUGAAUAACCAGAAAAACUUGGGAUAUUUAUCAAAAAUAUUGCCGAGCAAUUUUAAGAAAUAGUAAAAUAACUUAAGUAAUGCAAGAAGUUGAACACGUUAGAAUUUAACUUUGUUUAGAAUUAAACCAAUAUGGAAAAAGUUAUGUAAAUCUAAUCAAAUGCAAAAGACUAGUUUAAUAUUACUAAUAUAAAUAAUAUAUAUAAUAUACAUAAGAAUGAAAUAAAGUAUGUUAAUAAUGCUUUAACAAUCCAAUUUACACAAACAAAAUAAUAUCUUGCAAAUUAAGAUUUCUUUUCUAAAUCUCUGUAGUGA